AUGUCCUCCGAUCACUCGUUCGAGCUGCAGCCCCAGCUACCGCUCCAGUCCGCCGCCGCCUCGGAGCCAAGCCCGCGGCGCCUAACCCUUCUCGACCUCCCUUACGAGCUUCGCCUAGACAUCUACGAGCUCCUCCUCCUCUCCCCGGAGCCCGUCAUAGUGUCCAGCAGUCGACGUCAGCUCCGCGUAAAAGUCGAGCCGCCGGAGUACCAAAACGCCUACCUGCGUGCCCCUCGGCCCACAGCACGCACCGUGCCGCUUACUCACAGGCGGCCUCACGUCGAGGUACUGCAGACGUGCCGUCAGAUCAACCGCGAGGCUACCUCCGUCCUCUAUCGCCAGAAUGACUUCGUCGUGGGUUUGAAACUCUGCGCCAGGGGCGAGAAGAAGGUCGACCCGCUGGAUCUGGCCACCUUCUUCCCGUCACUCCUCCGGAGGUCGACGAUUCUUCAACUUGCGUCUAUCACCUUCCGCGGCGCCUGCCUCUGCCACCACUGGCUCACUCUCGCCGCUGGAGAAGGCAGGGCAUCCACCGGAGCGGAGCUGGCCCGCGUCUGCAGCAGCCAGGCCGGGGGAAACAGCGCGUUGCCGGAUACCGCGGACGCUCGGGAGGCGUACCUGAUGCUCAGCAAUGGCCUGUGGGAUCUUGAGAAAGAAUCUGGGAGAAUCAAAGUGUGCGCCUUCUGCAACGCUAGCUAUGGCCAGCACUGCUUUAUCUGGGGCUCAGGCUCCUUGGCCUGGCGUCCAUAA